AUGUCCAAUUUACAAAAUUUAUCCAAAGAGUGCUUGAUUGUUCUCAUUAGAGAACUUCAAGCCAAGAUGGCUAAACUGCCAUCAAAAAGGGGCAACGGCUAUCACGAUAAAACCAAACGCUCUGCUUUCGACUUUUCUUCGUUUAAACGACGGAAAGUUGCAAUGCACCUUUGCUACAUUGGCCAUUCAUUUCAGGGAUUGGCCACGCAGAGAGAUACGAAUGUAAAUACGAUUGAGGAUCAUUUAUUUGGCUCGUUGAUCAAGACCAAGCUAAUUGAAAGUGUGGAUUCGUGCAACUAUUCCAGAUGCGGGCGAACCGAUAAGGGUGUUUCGGCGUUUAAACAAAUUAUAUCGCUAAACAUUCGAUCCGUCGAAAAGGCCGACUCUGAUUGCGGGUCUGGCGUGCAAUUUUCCACCAUAGAAAGGGAAAGGGAGCUGCCCUACAUGUCGAUCUUAAAUUCGGUUCUUCCAAGCGACAUCCGGAUAUUGGGAUGGAAAGAUGUGGGAGCCGACUUUGACGCACGGUGUGGUUUGGCCGCCGCACUUUAUGUGGGCAUUCACAAUUUUAAAAACUUUUGCAAAGUCGACAAAUCAAAAGAUAACAGCCGGUCGAGUGCUUCCAAGAGUAAGCCAGCUUUUGAUGACAAAGCUAGUUCGAUUUCGUCUCUUAAGCAGUACGUAUUCAUUGUUACGGGAAAGGGCUUUUUGUAUCAUCAAGUCCGCUGUAUGAUGGGAAUCCUGUUUUUGAUCGGAACUGGGCAUGAAGAGCCCUCGUAUAUGUUUGAGAGCACAGAAAAGCCAACAUACCACAUGGCAAGCGAGGACGCCUUGGUGCUGUGGGACGCAACCUUUGACGGCCUUGAAUUUUCAUCUGAAUGCUACAAAGAUUUAAAGCAAAAAGCACUCAGAUCGCUUUACCAGGGCCUUUCUGGCUCGUGGAGUAGAUUUUCUCUGUCUCGCUCCUUUUAUCACCAGCAUUUGAUGUCGAUGCUGGACGACCGAAAUGUUGAUCCUGAAAAGGCAUAUGAUGAACACCUUGCUGCUGUCUUACACAGAGCUGAUUACACGCCCAUUCCAAGUAGGAAAAGAAAAGCAUUUUCACGAUAA